AUGUCUUCAUUCCACGUUGCAAUCGCCGGUGCAACAGGCAACCUCGGACUACCGAUUCUGAAAUCCCUUCUCGACGCCGGAUUUACCGUCACAGUCCUGUCCCGAAUCGGUGGCAAUGCUUCUGCCUUGCCAUCACACUCCAACCUUACCAUCAAAGUAGUCGACCUCACCUCCUUCGACUCCCUCCAUCCUGCUCUUCUCGGAAUCGACGUUGUCAUAUCGUGUGUUGCUACACUGGCCAUAGGCAGCCAGAAACCCAUAAUAGACGCUUCGGUCGCAGCUGGGGUAAAUAGAUUCAUUCCGGCAGAGUUCGGCAUGGACUCUGCCAACCCUCUCUGCGCGCAGCUGCCCGUGUGCGCGCCAAAGGUUGCAACACAACACAGAUACUGGGGUCUCCAGAUGGGGCUGAUUCUCAAUCUGGAAAAGCAUACAGCGACAUUGUACAAUGGUGGCAAUGUUCCUUUCAGCGCUACUACCCUCGAGGAUGUCGCUUCUGCCGUCUUGGGUGUCAUUCGGCACCAGUCUCAAACAGCGAAUCGAAUCGUCUACGUUCACUCGGCGGUACUCACUCAAAACCAGCUAAUUGGGUUCGCCAAAGACAUUGAUGGAAAGGCUUGGGAGACGAUCAGCAUUGACACGGAAUAG